AUGGUGGACACUCAAAAGCUACACGUGUCUAUCUCGACACUGCCCAUGACAACCAUCCAAGAUGCAUUUAAGCGACUGCUUACUAAUGUGGACAAGCUCUUUGAAAGCUUCCUUGCCAAGCUGUCUUCAAGCACCAAGGUGUUGCCAGCUCAAAACCGGAAGAGAAAAGAGGGUCGAGACCGAGAGGAGGUGAGCGGGCCCUCUCCGGGCAUAACCCUUCCACAAGCAACAAACCCCUCUGUAGUUGCCCCGCCUGGGCUGAAGGCCCCAGGGGAUACAAUCCACCUGCAUCUACCACAUAGGCUGGGUACUCAUUGCCGCUGGCGGCGCUCUAUCCCCGGGAUCUCCUGCCGUACCCCACCAGGGAAAGACUAG